AACUUGUUUUUAUUUUUCUUUCUCCUCCUCAUAGCGAGCGAGCGGGAUCAGUUAGAUGAAGAUGACUGCGAUUUUCAGAGAAUCUUAAUUACUGGGAGAGAGUGCCAGCUUCGAUUUAGGUUUCUGAAUUUUGUUCUUUAAGCACACUAGAGAGAAUUAGUCGCUUUUGGGAUUUUGCGUUGGGAGUUUUGAGGGAUUUGAUUGAUUUCGUUUCUAGGGUUUGGUACUUUGGUUACUGAAUCAAGGGUUUUUAUUUUUUUUGUAUAUAUCGGAGUUGAUUGGUUUAGGGUUUUCAGUUUGGGAGGAGUGGAGAAAGCUUGGGGGUGGUACGGGUGAUGUGAGAGGAAGCGGGUUUCGGUCGGUUUCUAGGGUUUCAAUGGGGAGCACGGGUGAGGCUGACCGGAAACGGCGUCACGUUAACCCCAUAUCCCCGACGGCUGCUAGUGCCAAGAAGCAACACUUCUUGUCCAUUUCCGAGGACAAAAAGCUUGAUAUUGCCGUUCUUCAGUAUCAAAAUCAAAAGCUAAUACAGAAGUUAGAGGCACAGAAGAUUGAGUAUUUGUCUCUUGAGAAUAAGUUCUCCCAACUUGAGGAGAAACACCAGCCAUAUGAUUCCACAUUACACGUUGUCAAUAAGUCUUGGGAAGAGCUUGCUCGUGACUUGGAAUCGUGUUCGAUUCAUACAAGAGAAACAAGCUGCAAGCAUGAUGUUGAUUACAUGUCUAUUGUCGAGGAUGAAUCUGAAUCUACUUUUCAUGAGGCUUUUCUUAGUCGUCUUACGGAAACUGGUGCAACAGAAAGUUCAUCUUCAUGUGACCUUCCUAAACAGAUGGAAGCUGUUCAACAGAGAGCCUCUGAACAGACUAAGAAGAUCUUAAGUAAUAUAGUUGCUGCUGUUGACAAUCUGUGGUAUUUAAAAGAUGGAAUACAUACUGUAGUCUUGAAAAAACUUUCAGAAUAUGGAUCUUGCAGGCAAAGGACACCAAGUGAAUUACAUAGAGAAGUUAAGAACUUGAGGGUGACAUUUACUGACCUGUUUUUGAAGCAUAAAUCACUUUCAAAGAAACUGCAGAGCCAUCGAGAUAUUGAUGCAAAGAAUAAAGCCGAGCUUAGAAUAUUAAGAGGGGAGUUACAAAAUAGAGUUGCUGAACUAGAAGAGAGUAAUUGCAAACUAGCGAUUCUCAAAGCUCGGAGAGAUGCCACAAAAGUGGCAGGCUUUCCUGUCUUAAAUUUAGGGAGCAAGCAUGUUAGUAGUGACAAAGUCAGAGAUAAAGUAAAAGAUAUACAAGAUAUGGAGACUGCUCUUGAAGAAUUAAUGGAUCAAGCUUCUUGCCGGCUUAAAGAAAUAAAAGGUCUUCAUGAAGAGAGAGUACAUAUAUUGCAGCAGUUAUCUAAUUUGCAGAGCAAAUUGAAGAAUGUAGCAUGUAUUUCCUCUUCCCAAGCCUACCUCUUAGUGAGAGAUCAAAUUGAAAAAUCAAAAUCUGAAGUUAUUGACUAUAAGGCUUCGUAUGAGAAACUUCAGGCUGAGAAGGAUAUUCUUGUCUUAAAGGAAAGGGAACUCAGUGUUAAAAGUGAUGUCAUUGAUUUCCUUCGAAGAUCUGCUGCAAUUGAGAAUUCAAAGAUUUCAGAUCUUAGGAUAGAAAUACAGAAGCAGAACGAUGAGAGAAAGAUGAUUGAAACAAAGGUGGAAGAUGCUUCAAGAGAACCUGGAAGAAAAGAAAUCAUUGCAGAAUUUAAAGCCUUGGUGUCUUCCUUUCCCAUGGAAAUGGAAAACAUGCAAGACCAAUUGCGAAAACAUAAAGAAACUGCUUCAGAUGUUCAUUCUUUGCGGGCUGAUGUGCAAUCUCUUUCUAACAUUCUUGAUAGGAAGGUGAAAGAGUGUGAAACUCUAUUCGUCAGAUUCACUGGUCAGGCUGCUGAGAUACAGAAAUUGCAAACCGUGGUUCAUGACUUAAAGGAGAGCACUUCUGAGUUAAAGCUGUUUUUGGAAAUGUUUAGACGCGAGUCCACUGAUUCCAGGGACGUUCUUGAAGCUAGGGAUUUAGAAUACAAGGCCUGGGCUUAUGUUCAUAGCUUAAAGUCUUCUCUAGAUGAGCACAAGUUGGAAUUACGCGUUAAAACUGCAAAUGAAGCUGAGGCCAUAUCUCAGCAAAAACUAGCUGCUGCGGAAGCUGAGAUUGCAGAUAUGAGGCAGAAGUUGGAAGCUUCCAAAAGGAAUAUGCUGGAGCUCGCUGAUGUAUUGAAAUCCAAAAAUGAAGAGAAUGAGGCUUACUUGUCUGAAAUCGAGACUAUUGGACAAGCAUAUGAUGAUAUGCAGACUCAAAACCAACAUCUAAUACAACAAAUAACCGAAAGAGAUGAUUAUAACAUAAAGCUUGUUUUGGAGGGUCUGAGGGCAAGACAACUGCAGGAUGAGUUAUUAAUGGGCAAAAGAACAUUGGAGAGGGAGAUUCAGCAAGCUAAUUCAUCCCUUAAUUUUUAUGACAUGAAAGCUGCAAGAAUUGAAGAUCAGUUGAAGACUUGCUCAGAUCAGAUUCAGAAGCUUGUAGAAGACAAGUUUCAAAGUUCUGCCAUGUUGGAUACUACCCAAAAGAAAUUACUAGAUGUCAAAAGAUCAUCAGAGCAAACCCGGGGAUCACUGGAUGAAUCACAAUCUAAGAUUUAUAAAAGUCGAGCGGUUCUGUUGGAGCUACAGAUAGAACUGGAGAAAGAAAGGUUUGAAAAGAGAAGAAUUGAGGAAGAGCUGGAAGUUUUGAGGAGAAAGGCCUCAAGACUACAAGCCCAGACUGAAGGCUCAUCGAUUAUAGAAAAGCUUCAACAGGAACUAGGUGAAUAUCGGGAGAUACUAAAGUGCAGCAUCUGCCUUGAUAGGACAAAACAGGUUGUAAUUACUAAAUGCUAUCAUUUAUUCUGCAAUCCUUGCGUGCAACAUAUUAUUGAAACUCGACAACGCAAGUGUCCAACAUGUUCCACUUCAUUUGGUCCUAAUGAUGUCAAAUCUGUAUACAUCUGAGAGGCAACCAAGGAGAAGUUUGUUCUCUGGUGCUUCUUAAUGAGACCAACAUCUUACCAUACGCCUUUAGCUGCAUAUGAUCCCAGACUUGACCGAUGAGUGUGGACAGGUUCAUAUGUUUUGUAGAGCAGUGUAGAGGAACUAUAAGCUGGCUGUUUGGUCCUUUUUGCUUUCAUUAUCCCUUGUCACUGGGGCAGGUCUUUAGGUUGUUGAUUUUACCAAUUUCUUUGUUGUAAUUAUAGUUUUUUUUAAAUUUUUUUUCUCCCCCUAGUAACUGCUACGAGCAACUGGAAUCUCUAAUCUAUGAUUUGCAGAUUGAUUGGAUUCCAUCCAAUAGCUAGCUGGAUGUUGCGUCUCGUCACAAGUGAAUUGAAUCUGGUAAUGAUAAGCCUAAAGUUGUCAUAUCGUGAAUGAAUGUCAGUAGCUAAUUUUCA